CUACUUUACCGUUACAGUUACAGAGAGGAUUAAAUUACAAUGACGACCAUAGCUGCGCCUGUAACUGCAACUCCAACUCCAACUCCUGCAAAUGAUUCCCAUAAGAAGAACAGAAUUCAGGUUUCCAAUACUAAAAAGCCACUUUUUUUUUACGUCAAUCUCGCCAAGAGAUAUAUUCAGCAGCACAAUGAGGUUGAGCUUUCUGCUCUUGGAAUGGCUAUAGCUACAGUUGUCACGAUCGCCGAGAUAUUGAAGAACAAUGGACUUGCUACUGAGAAGAAAGUAUUGACAUCUACAGUUGGCAUGAAGGAUGAGAAUAAAGGCAGGCUAGUACAGAAGGCAAAGAUUGAAAUUGUGCUGGGUAAGUCUGAGAAGUUUGACAAUCUGAUGUCUCCUACAGCUGCCGCCGCCGCAACUGAAUCAGAAGCAGCUACUGAUGACAAGAAAUGACCAACUUCAUAUAGCCUCUCAAUGUGGGGAUUAUUGUAGUUAAUAUAUUCUGUUUAAUUUUUGUUGUAAUGUUUUUAUUCAUGAAUUUAAGUAAAUAGGGGAGUAGAAAAGGGUCAUGGAGUUGCAAUGCAAUGAGUGGAUCAAAGUUGUAGGACACAAAACUCCAUUGUUUAGUUUGUAUUUCUUUACGGAACAUAUACAAUGACUGAUGAAUCUUAUGCUCGCCAAUUAUGUUUUUUCUCUCUUUCAGUUUAUCCAAUCUGAUUCAAUUCUGAGUUGGAAUUUUUCA